ACUUAUCGACCCAUCCCUUCGUCUCGAAAAAAAUAAUUUUCCAUCUUCGAUUGUUUUCCCUCUCACUAUCUCAUUGGAGGGAAAACAUCCCCCAAAAAAAAAGAUGAAAUUUUCAGACAGGAGAGAAUAUAGUUUCUCCUUCCACCAGUGAACAAAUCUAGGGUUUUAGACUCUUCCUUCAGCUUAUUUUCUGGAUCUUCGAGAAUUUGUUCCUGAAUGCACUGUAUCAGGGUAGUCUUUCUGGAACUGUUUUUGCUGCUUCGAUUACUCUCAGAAAUUAAUCAGGUCGUCGAACAUUCUCCUUAAAGUGGACAUGCAAACUAAGAAAAAAUCCUCCCGGCGAAAUGCUAGUCAAGAGUGUGGCAGUCCUAGGGUUUCAAGAUCACAGAGGAAGGCUUCUGAAAAUGGACGAGCAGUUGAAAAGAAAGUCACAGACUUAAUUACAUCAUCAGCCAGAAAGUGUAAAUCUCUUAGCACUCUUGAGAAUAAAGCUGGAAAGCCCAUCCCCUCAACAGAUUUGAAUGAUGGAUAUGAGCUUAUGGACAGUGAGACUUCCAAUGCUUGUUUGGAAAAUGAUACAGUUAAUGGCGUUCCAUUAGAUUUUAUGGGUUGUAACAAUGAAGCUGUUCAUCUGGAGUCUGGAACUAUAUUCUCUCCUGGAUUUCACUUUUCCAAAAAUUCUGGAGGAAAAGUUGUUGAUAGAGUUGAUUUUGUCAAAAUUUUUCAGAAACAAGAAUUAGAGUUACCACAGGAAGAUGCAGUGGAUGGUCAUGUUAGUCAAGACUUUGACACUGCAAUGGAGGUAGACACAAACAAUUUGUCCAACUACUCUAAUUCAGGGAGAUGUGACAGUGACAAUCAGAUGCAUGCUUUAAGCACAAAAAAUGUCAAUGGUUGUAAUUCUGAUUAUGAUGGAAACGGUCUUUCCUUGGAAGUUUCUGCCAUAUAUCUUGCCAUGAAAAACUCAAAGCUGGAAUGUGUCGAUGAGCACAGUCAGGAUCCCAUGUCUUCUGAAAUAUGCACAGAGGAGGAUGAAUUUGAGGAUUUUGAUGACUUCGACCCAUACUUAUUCAUAAAGACCUUACCAGACUUGUCAACGGUGGUUCCUACUUUUAGGCGACUGUUGCUACCUAAACAGACACGGAGUUGUCCUUCUACUACUCUUGUCCUGGACUUGGAUGAAACUUUGGUGCAUUCUACCCUGGAACCUUGUGAGGAGGUAGACUUCACUUUUCCUGUUAAUUUCAAUUCUGAGGAGCACAUUGUCUAUGUGCGCUGCCGCCCUCACCUCCAAGAUUUCCUUGAGAGAGUUUCUGGUCUUUUCGAGAUUAUUAUAUUCACAGCUAGUCAAAGUAUUUAUGCCGAGCAACUUCUAAAUGUGCUUGAUCCAAAGCGGAAGAUAUUUCGCCACCGGGUUUAUCGCGAAUCCUGUGUUUAUGUGGAAGGGAAUUACCUCAAAGAUUUAACAGUGCUUGGUCGUGAUUUGUCACGUGUUAUAAUAAUUGACAAUUCCCCACAGGCAUUUGGAUUCCAAGUAGACAAUGGAAUACCGAUUGAGAGUUGGUUUGAUGAUCGUUCAGAUCAAGAGUUGCUUUUAUUACUUCCGUUCUUGGAGAGCUUGGUUGGUGUUGAUGAUGUUCGCCCACUAAUUGCAAAGAAAUUCAACCUGCGGGAGAAAAUUGCUGCAGCUGCACAUCCUCUAAAUACAAAUAGAAGAGAUUUCUUAUCAGAAUGAGUUGUGAGUUAUACAAUAUCGAGGAAAGGAAAGCACUUUUGUAUGUCAUAGCAUUCUUGGAUUAUGAUUUAACUUUUAGCAUUCUCUUUGUUGUGGAAAUUGUAAUGAUAUGUAUACACUGAACCAGCAAAAAGGAAGGGGAGGAUACAAGAGUGUAGAAACCGAGAUUAUACAAGACUUGUGCGGCGGAUACUUGGUUGGUUAUUGUCCUGGUAAUAAAAAAUCCCCAAUUAUUUUAUUUAACCUGUAUCCCUUUUUGGGUGUGUGAUCGCAUGUAAGAUGUAACAUAACUUAUGCAUCAUCCUUUUUUUUGGGUCUUGUGCCAUUCUAGCUAGAUCAGUAUUGUUUCCAUCUAAAAUAAUUCAGCGCGAAUCGAGCACGACUUUUGAUUCAA